AUGGCACGUCUGUCUCUGUCCAUCGCUGUUGCGCUUCUUUCAUGGUGGGCAGCUGCAGCUCCGACGCCGCUUGAGAAGAGAGCCGUCAGCGCAGACCUGCUUGCCAAGUUCAAUCUUUUUGAGCAAUAUUCUGCUGCAUCCUACUGCGCUCAGAACAACAACUCGACGGGCACCGAAGUCUCGUGCGAAGCGGGGAACUGCCCUUUGGUGGACGCCGCGACUACCGACACCGUGAUCGAAUUCGAAGACUCAGUUGUCACCGACACCACCGGGUUCGUAGCAACCGACUCUACAAACUCCCAGAUCGUUGUAUCAUUCCGCGGCUCGAGGUCGAUCCAGAACUGGAUUGCAAACUUUGAUUUCGCAACGACCGCAACCACUAUUUGCGACGGAUGCCCGGCGCACUCAGGCUUCUGGAACUCUUGGAGCGAAGCUCGCUCUUACGUCGUUGACGCAAUAGAAACAGCCAAGGCUGCAAAUCCCAGUUACCAGAUCGUUGCCACUGGUCACAGCCUGGGAGGCGCGGUGGCUACUUUAGCCGCAGCGGAUCUUCGAAACAGCGGUUACGAUGUGGCCUUGUACACUUACGGCGCACCCCGUAUCGGUCCGGCUGCCUUGUCUGAUUAUAUCACCGCCCAAGGCAACAACUACCGCGUUACUCAUCUCAAUGAUCCCGUUCCCCGCCUGCCCACUCUCAACAUGGGCUACGUGCACAUCUCUCCUGAGUACUACAUCAGCAGUGCUAAUGAUGUUGCGGUGACUGCCAACGACAUCAACACUUACGUGGGCAACUCCAACCUAUCCGGCAACGCCCAGUGGGGCCUAGCAGUCGACGUUGCCGCCCACCUCUGGUACUUUGGCGACGUUUCCGCAUGCGAAUGA